GUGCGCUUCACAUCUAUUUCAUUCAACUGUCUCCUCUGGAUGUUGGCCUAUGCGGAAAGAUUGCGUAAAUUUACACAGAUAUAAGUUUCGGAGGUCCACAUUUUAAUUUCACACUAUUUUUUGGCUAUUUAAUCCAAGUAACCCUUAACCCUCGGAUCUGCGAUGGCAAAUGGAUGUGUCCAGGUAUUCGCUUGCAUUUUAGCGUCUGUAGGACUUGUCUGCCUGAUUACAUCAACUUGUGUGAACGAAUGGAAAACUUACGGAUACUCAAAUGAGGGAAUAGUCAAAUCGCUCAAGGAGUAUGUCGGGCUCUGGAUGGAGUGCACAGUGCAUGGACCCAGGCAAUUAGAAUGCACAGUGUACGACACACUUGAUUCAGUUCUCUACCAACGUGGGGAGGUCCAGUGGACCAGGGCCAUGAUGAUCCUCAGCAUCAUUCUGUCCGUAUGUGGGUUGGCUGUGGCCAUGUUGGGCAUGAAGUGCACACUGUGCCUAGAUGCAGACAAGCAGGUGAAGAACAAAGUGGCGCUCGGUGGAGGGAUCCUUCUCAUUCUGUCAGGGGUCUGUGCAUUGGGGAUAGUGUCUUGGUAUGCCAAUGAUGUGAUCACAAAUUUUCAUAAUCCUAAACCAGAAGAAAAAAGGUACUCCCUGGGAAGGUGUCUGUUUGUGGGGUGGGGUGGAGCUCUCUUGUCCCUCAUAGGAGGGGCGCUCCUGGCCUGCUGUAGUUUGUCACGUUCCACUUCACGCAGAAGCUACACAUCAUCGCCACCUCAACUCCCGAUGACCUCUGACAAAGAGUAUGUGUAGGAGUCCCACAGAACAUCCCACGGGACGAGCUCUUUUUUACUGAUUUAUUUAGGAAAUAGACAAGAAAUGAUGUCUUCUUGUUAUUUAGAGCACUGCAAAGUAAGCACCUCAAAAAGUCAUUGUCUUGCCUUGUUUCAAAUGUUUUAGUAGGCUAAUUUAGUAUUCACUGUAAGAGGAACAUAACUUGGUCUAUGGACAUAAUCAGUUAGUGUGUCCCUUUUUAUGAGGGAAAAAAACAUCACUUGUAUGUUAGCACGUUGCUAUGUCUGUAAAUUAUGAUGAUGUACAUAAUACUACUGUUUUUGAAUUAGUCUUGUGUUGUCGUAUGCAGCCAGUUGUGGACAAGGUGAGACAUGUUGUGUCCUUUGCAAUGUCUACUUUGCCUGCCAUGU